AUGACCCACCUGCUUUUUUUUAUCUCUCUGUUCUUAGGCCUCGUCCACUGCAUUGCCUCUUGGAGACCCAUCGAUCCAACGAAAGGGUUCGUGUCCCUUCCAUUGAAUCAAUCCAACUUCAAUGUUCAACGACCCUACGACGUACCUGAAGACGAGAGAUACUCCUUCGAGCAUGGAGUUCACAAGCUUUGGGUGUAUUCCAGUGACAAGCCUUUCGCGCCUACCAGCCGAACCAACCCUCGCACAGAGAUUCGCAUCCGCGGAUAUGAUUAUUCCUCCGGAGUGUGGCAAUUCGAAGGAUACGGGUACGUGCCAUGCGGAACAUCAGGCGUGUGCAUCAUGCAAGUCUUCGGGGCGAGCCCUCAAGCCACAACCCUAAUGGUCCGAGUCUAUAAUGGUUCAUUGUACUAUUACAGAAACCCCAUUCUACUCGAGAACAUUUACGACAGAUGGUUCAAACUAAAUGUGAUACACAAUGUGAAUGCUUCCACCGUGAAGAUCUACAUAGACGGACAGCUCAAGAUGGUAGCUCCUGGACGCGGUGGGGCUUCACAUUACUUCAAGUUCGGGGUUUAUGAGCAAGACAAUGCUUCCUACUAUAUGGAAUCACGGUGGAAGGGAAUCAAGGUUCUCAAGAUAUGUGAUUGA